AUGGAACCGCAGUACUCAUUAAAAAAAACUGUUGAAGAUGUCAAAGCUAAUCAGCAACAAUGUAAACGACUUGGAGAAAGAAUUGAUGCAAUCAAUCAAUGCUUAACAUCAUUAAAUGACCGAGACCUCAACAGAUCCGAGAUUAAACAAUCACUAGAUAACUUUCGUAAAUGUGUUCAAGAAUGUUUAGAUUUUAUAACCCAAUUCAAAGAGAAAUCAUCAUGGUUCGCUAGAGUGUUUCAAAACCAAAAUCAUGAAGAAAAAUUUCAAGAAUUGAAUCUUCAACUCUCUCAAUGUGCCAAUGAUCUUAGUUUAGGUAUCAAUUUGAAACAAUUGGUUGAUGUUAAAAUAGAUGAAAAUGAUCAAAAAACAGAUCUAGAUACCAUAGAAUCCAAAAUUGAUGAUAUUGCACAACUGAUGGAACAAAUGAAAGAGAAACAAUACAAUUACUACAAAGGCAUUGAAGAAAAUACCAAACAGCGGCUUAGCUCACUUAAGUAUAAUCUCCAGCAGGAUAUUAUGAAAAUUAAAGAUCCUGCCAAAGCAAAAGAAAUCGCUGAAGAAGAACAUGCUUUCCUCCAUAUUCCCUUUCAUGAUUUGAUACAAGAGAAACGAAUAGGACAAGGUGGUUUCGCUGACGUAUAUCGUGGAAGAUGGCUCUCACGAGAUCAUGAAGUAGCCAUUAAAGUUAUCCGAAUUCAAUUUUUAGAUGACAGAAUCAAAGGAGAUCUUGUUAACGAAAUUUCGACGAUGCAUAAAAUACGUUACGAUCACAUUCUCAACGUAUUUGGAGCCUGCAUGGAACCCAACAACUAUGCACUUAUCGUUGAAUAUAUGUCUCUUGGUUCUCUUUACGAUAUUCUAAAGCAAAAACGGUUUCAAUUGACAUGGUCUGAUCGAUGUUCGAUUGCCAAUCAGAUGACUAAAGGCAUCAAUUAUUUGCAUAAACUUCCUAGACCAAUUCUUCACCGUGACAUCAAGUCAUUGAACAUCCUUAUGACCGAGCAUGGAAAAGGCUUUCUCGUCAAAGUUGCUGAUUUCGGUCUGGCUAAAAUACGUCACGAAACAUCACGACAAUCUUCUAGGGGUCCUUCGGUCGGCACUUUGCCGUGGAAAGCUCCUGAAUUACUGAAAAUGGGGAGACAUACGGAAGCCAGCGAUGUAUACGCUCUUGGUGUCGUGUUUUGGGAGUUAUGCACAGAAUGCGAACCAUAUGAAGAAGCCGAUGAUUCAACAAUUAGUGCAUUCGUCAUGCGUGGAGACCGAUUAGACAUCCCUACAAAUAUUCCCAAGCGAUUUGCUGAUCUAAUUUCGAGCGCUUGGGCACAUGAACCACAAAAGAGACUGAAUUGUCAACAGCUACUCAAUUUAAUAAAACCUAUUUCGAGUGAAAUCGAUGAAAAUAAAAUAUCACAGACAAAUGUUCCUCCUGUCCUGAAGAAGAAUGUGGCAAACUCAGAUGAAACUGUUUCUCCACAACAACGUUCACGAAGCCCCGAAAGGCCAAAAAAACGACAAUAUGAAAUAGGUAAGUUUCUGAAUUGUCAUUUUCUUACUGAAAAUUUAUAG